AUGUCAUCUUCAGAGUUUAACUCAGGUGGGACCAAACCGAAAAUUGAUCGGACUGGGACACCGACGAACAGAGAGAUAUCUCUUCAGGAAUCUCGAAAUGAUUCUUCUUCGUAUGCUGCUACUUCAUGUCAUCAGCCCUCGAACCAUUCUUGCGAUCUUCAUACCGGUAGCACUCAUUUUUGUUUCUGUUCAAUUUCAGUAGGUAGUACACAUAUGCCGAAUGAUGCAACUACUACGGCUAAUGCUUCUCGUUCUCUCCCAAACUUUCUGACUGGUCCAAGCGCCACUCGUCCGCUGGGAAAUAUGAAUCAGAAUGACGUACAUUUUGUAGAUGAUUUGUCGGAAUCGUAUGUCGAAGAUGCAUCGUUAGAAAUUGAAAAUGGUUAUCCACUUGUUGCUGAUUUGCAACAGCUUCGUUUACAGAAUCACAUCCGCAUGUCGAUUGAUGAUAUUAUUGAGCAGCAGGCUUUUCAUUCGGAGACAGUAGAUGACGCUGCAGAUGAGCAGCGACGCUUGCUGAAUGAUCCAAACACCAGAGGUUCCGAAUUCCUCGAAAGAACAAAUGAAACAGUUGGUAUCAUUACAGCACGAGCAGAGGAAGUUAUCGGACCACUGCAUGAUGCAACAUCUCUUGUUCAUAACGCAUCAUCUCUCCGUGCUUCAGUGAACAAACGUCUGAUUGAUGCUCAAGAUGGUUCAUGCCAAUAUCCACUUCACAAUGCUGUCGCUGUGGGACGUGCGGUAAACGACACUUCGAGAAUCGAAGACGCUGUGGCAAGUAAAUGCUCACUGAUUGGAACUGGUGAAGUACCAUAUAUGGGCUGGCAAGCAUCGAAAAGCACGCUGAAGGAACGUUUUACGUUUUUAUAUUGCAACGAAAUUCUUGCUGAUAUCUGGUUUGUUGUUGGCCGCGGCGAACUAACCCAGAGGAUUCCUGCACAUAAAUUCAUAUUAAUUACUGGCUCAGCUGUUUUUGAUGCUAUGUUUAACGGUGGGUUGGCGAACAAUACAAUCGGAGCAGGGACGAAUAAUGUGGAAAGUAGUCAAGAUAUUUACUUACCUGAUGUCGAACCUGGAGCUUUUUUGGCUUUGCUUAAAUUCCUUUAUACAGAUGAUGUUUCUUUUGGACCAGAAAUUGUAAUGACAACUCUCUAUACAGCCAAAAAGUAUGCAGUGCCAGCUAUGGAACUCGCUUGUGUUGAUUUCUUGAAACGAAAUUUAGGCGCUGAUAACGCUUUUAUGUUGCUGACUCAGGCACGAUUGUUCGAUGAGCCGCAGUUAGCUAGCCUUUGUUUAGAUAUAAUUGACAGAAAUACGAUUGAGGCUUUGAAUGCGGAAGGUUUCACGGAAAUUGAUCUGGAUACACUUUGUGUUGUUCUGAAGCGAAACACUUUGCGGGUUCGUGAAGCGCCAUUAUUCCUCGCAGUACUUCGAUGGAGUGUGGAAGAAUGUCGACGUCGGACCUUGACCGUUAGUGCAGAGAAUCAGCGAACAGUGCUUGGCAGAGCUUUACAUAUGAUACGCUUUCCGUUGAUGACAAUUGACGAAUUUGCCCAACAUGCUGCUCAAACAGGUAUACUAACUGAUCGUGAAUUGGUUAACCUCUUUCUGUAUUUUACGGUCAAUCCUAAACCACAGAUUGAAUUUCUGGAUGUUCCACGUUGUUGCGUGUUUGGUAAGGAAGUAGUAGUUAGUCGUUUCCAACGCGUUGAAGGACGUUGGGGAUACAGCGGUACACCAGAUCGUAUUAAGUUUACUGUUGAUAGAAGAAUCUAUGUUAUUGGUUUCGGUUUGCACGGCUCAAUUCACGGUCCCCAUGAGUACCAAGUUACUAUUCAAAUUCUUCAUUGUGGCACGGGGAAAAUUUUGGCAAGCAAUGAUACGUCAUUUUCCUGUGAUGGGUCAUGUGGGACAUUUCGAGUGUUGUUCAGAGAACCUGUGGAAAUCAGCCCCUGUGUUACUUACAUUGCUUCUGCACGUUUAAAGGGUCCCGAUUCUCAUUAUGGCACCAAAGGUUUGCGGCGUAUUGUUCAUCAGUCCCCUUCAACUGGAGUCAUAACUUUUCAAUUUACUUACGCUGCUGGUAAUAAUAAUGGUACAUCUGUCGAAGAUGGCCAAAUCCCGGAAAUCAUCUUCUGCACGAAAAUUAUUUGAUUUUCUCAGUAAUGAUUCGUUCCUUUUUUGUCUUAAUGUGCACGAAUGUACAUUAAACACCUAUUCUUUAAUUCUUCCUUGUUUACUUGAAUUUAGAUUCGUCUCUUUCUUACGUUUUUGUUUUCUUAUUUUUCUCGGUCACCCACUUAAUUGAUUUUGUAGGUCAUUUCAGCUUUUGUAAUUUCUUUACUUCUCAAUUACCACUGCUUUGCUCAUUUUGUAUUUUGCUGAACUUUUAUUGGUACGAAUCAGUAAUGUGGAUGUAAAAUCUUCAGCACAUCUACAAAUGAAUCUUCGUUAUAAAAAUCUUAGUUUGUUCUAAUUAAGCUGCUGAAGAUCUAUAAUAGGAAAUGGUCUUUGUAAUUUAUCUGUACUUUUCUGAGGAACAACAACUGGCAAUUAUGUUUGUCGUAAGUUGGUUUUGUUUUGGUUAUCCUCAACUGUCUUCGGGCCGAUAUCGAAAUUGCGGUUUUCUCUCGAAUGCGUAAUUUAUGGUUUCAGGAACUUCUGUAUUCUAUAUACGUUUA